CUUGACCAUGACCAGUAACAUGCCAAUAGUAUCACCCCCAACGCCAGCUCCUUCUCCUCGUCCAAUACCCCAAUACAACCCUUCAUCCGAAUUCUCAACUCUGUUAGGUCCCGCCUCACGUAAACAAUACCUCAUAUCAAUACUGCAUGAAUGUUCCCCAGCAGAACUACGCUUCCUCUCCCAAACAAUCACCCCCAUGCUCAAACGCGAUGUCCUAACAGAACUACCAGCAGAACUUGCACUCCACAUCCUAUCUUAUGUCGACGACCCAUGCACUCUCGCACGCGCAAGUCAAGUCUCUAAACGCUGGCACGACCUCGUCGCAGAUGACUGGCUCUGGAAGGUCUUAUGCGAUACAUACAGCUUCAGAGCAGAUACAGAAGACAAAUCUGCUACUAAUCUAUACCAAGACGACGAAUCUUGGGACGAGAUCGAUAAAUUCACUUCCAAUUCAAUAGAUCCAUGGCUCACAGCGCGAGAUCGGCUCAAACGGCAAGAACUUACUUCCGUAUCCCACUGGGGUCCAUACUCGGAUGAUCUUUUACAUCCAAUAACUCAGUUUUCUCAUCAGCAAUAUUUCAGGCGCGCUUAUGGUACAAUGCUCAAUCUGAGAAAGGGCGGUAGCAUCCUUCACGCUCACCGUAUGCCAAUCCCAACACCAGACAGUGGUGUAGUCACAUCCGUAGCCCUUGAUACCGAAUGGGUAGUUGUCGGCCUAGCAAACUCAAAGAUCCAUUUAUUCAGCGCAAUCACAGGCGUACUCAGCCGAACACUCACGGGUCACGAACUAGGCGUAUGGGCAGUCCAUCUCGUCUGCCGCGGCGGUUAUUGGGGUCGCGGAGACAUGGAUGAAGACGGAUACCCGGACGACGCAGGCGAUCCAGUCGUACCCGCAGCCCUGAAAAUAGCGCUCGGCAUCGACAGGCGCAGGCGAAUGCGAUCCCCAGCGAGCGUUGGAAACGACUCUUCUAAGCCGAGCGAUAUCUGCUGUACGAGCGAAGGGUGGGGCCAGCCAAACUCUAUCAUUGUCAGUGCUAGUUGCGACAAGACGCUUCGCGUUUGGGAUGCCACAUCUGGACAUUGCAUUUACGUCCUUCGCGGGCAUACUGCCACUGUCAGAUGCGCCCGAGUACUACACAACCGCCCGAUCGCAGUGACAGGUUCUCGGGACUCUACCCUCCGUGUAUGGAACAUCCAAAAGGGGGUCAUGCUCCGUGUACUGCACGGCCACACCGCGAGCGUAAGAUGUCUUGACAUUUGUGGGAACCAGGUCGUCAGUGGUAGUUACGACACUACAUGUCGAAUAUGGGACGUCGAUACAGGUGAAUGCAUACGAGUCCUCCGAGGCCAUAGCCAUCAAAUCUACUCCAUCGCAAUCGCUGGCAACUUCGUCGCUUCAGGGGGUAUGGACACCAUCGUCAGAGUAUGGGACGCAACCACGGGAAACUGUGUCGCCCAACUCACAGGCCACACCGCCCUAGUCUGCCAACUCCAACUUAGCACCACCACCAACCUCCUCGCCACAGGCGGCUCCGACGGCCGAGUCAUUACCUUCUCCCUUCGCUCAUUCACCGCCCUUCAACGUCUCGCCGCUCACGACAGCAGUGUCACUUCUCUCCAGUUCGACACGAACUUCCUCAUCACAGGCGGCAACGACGGCCGCGUACGGGUGUUUGAGACGCAGACUGGGGCGUGGGUGCGCGAUCUGAGUGAGCGGUGCGAGAGCGUGUGGAAAGUGCUCUAUAAGAAGGGUGUGUGUGCGGUUAUGUGUAAGAGAGCGGGGAAGACUGUUAUGGAGAUUUGGACUUUUAAGCCCAAAGAACGAUGAUUUAUUUAUUGAAUACUCGAUGUAGGAGUCGAUGUACGAUGGUAUAAUUUUGUGUAUUAGCGAUUAAUUGGUUUCGUAUUGGUUUCGAUUUGGUAGAUGAGCAAAAAUGUAUGGCCAACGUGGGGGUCGAA